UUCUCCAAGUCGAUCUCACUCCUCCAAUCUCUGGGUUUCUCACAAAGUUCUCUCCUCUCGGUCAUCCAUGCCUGCCCCAAAACCCUAGACCUCGAAUUUCUUACAAAAUGGAAGAAGGGUUUCUCCGAAUUGAGCCUCUCAAACACCGCAUCUGCUUCUACGACUCAGAUGAUUCUGGAACAAUCCGCAAGGUUCAAGAUCGAGCCCGAAGACUUUAUUCUGAGUUUGCGGCGAAUGAAAAUUGCGGGACUCAGCGAUGGGACGGUGAUUAGGGUUUUCGAGGUGCUUCCUGCUGCGUUUAUGAAUGACGGGAUCGACGUCCGCAGUAGAAUCGAGUUCUUGAAGAAAACCGCUGGGAUUAAAGAACAGGAAGAAAUAAAUGGAGUAUGCCACUCCUACCCGGAAUUCUUAGCAUUCAGCAUUGAUUGCAAGUUGAGACCACUCUUCUCUGAAUUUUUUGAUCUAGGAUUCGAUCGAAUCGAAGUUAGAAAUCUCCUAACAGAAAACCCUAGUCUCCUCCUCAACCUGCAACUUGGAGAGCUCUCACGCUGUGUAAACUUGCUGGAAGGCCUCAAAUGUCGAAUUCCAAUCAAAGAGAGAAUUCUCUCAAGAGGCCGCCUUUUCGCCGCCAUCGACGUAAAAACUCGAAUUGACCUAUUAUGCCGCCAUGGAUUGACCCAAAGGGAUGCGUUCAAGAUCCUCCACGUUGAGCCACGAUCGAUCUUGUACUCGCCAAAUGAGUUGGAGAAAAAGAUACAAUUUUUAUUGGAGCCGUUAGGAUUUAGCAUCGAACACCUCGUGGAAUUCCCGAGUUACUUGGGCUUGAAUUUAGAGAAGCAGAUCAUUCCGAGAUUACGAGUCGUGGAGCUUCUCAGAUCGAAGGGUGCGCUCGAGAUGGAGGUGGAACUCAAGCAUUUUGUGAGGAUGAGUAGGAGAGAGUUCUACAACUUUUUUGUGAAGCCUUAUCCUGAGUGUGAGAAGAUUUUUGGGGGUUUGAUGAGAAAUGUGGAGUUAAAUGAUGUGAGGAAGAAGAAGUUGAAGCAUCCAACUGGUUUGUGGAAGUUGUUCAAGCCGAUUAAGUAUUCUGAUUCUGAAGAGGAUGUGAAGAAUAUGAAGCAGUUCAUGGAGACUUUGGUGUAGAUUUCUUCUUUACAUGUUAAAUUUUUCUGCCAUUGAGGAGAGAACAACUACUCUUCAUUAAAAUAUUGGAAGAUUUACAUACAUACCCACAUAAUUCUUAUGUAAUUAUAUAUCUAACACCUAAACUUUCUUAUUUACAAUUUUUUCAC